CGCGAGGUCUGUAUAAAAUAAUAUGGUCGCUUAGUUAUGUUGUUGUGUUUGUUGUUCGUUUUCAAAUGUUGUAGAAUGUCAUAGCCAUGUAUACAGCAGCAGAUUGAGCAUUAGCACUAGCAAGCCCAAGCCAGGAGACUACAUAAUAAAAACAGGGAAGUAAAAAUAUGAAACAAACCUGACGGGGAUGAAGACCCUAAAACAUUUGCAUCCUCUAUUUCCCGUGCGGUAUUUUGUAAUUUCGUCCAUGUUACGUGCUGCAGAUCUAAUGCGUGCGUGCUAAUAAUUUUAAAGGGGACAUGUGAUUGAUAGCGGGGAUGCGAAGUCCUAAAGAAGAAACAGUGAACAUGUUGUUCCGUCAUUGCAUCCAGAUCGAAUCGCAGUUUUAUAUGGAGCAAAAUUAUAAAAGGUCACAUUUAUAAGUUUCUACAUUUUCUGCCACGGGAGUUGCAGUGUUUCGGGACGGUUAUAUUGUCUUUAUCCGCCAUAGACUGCGGGCGUCUGUAGCCUACUUCAGCUGUUCCUGACUUCAGUCCGGGUAGGGGGUAAGCGACUACAGUAAUGUAGCAUACGGUUGCGGUAUAUGACGAUUUGUAGAUUGUGCAUAAAAUGCUUCACUUCUCUUAUCCUCAUGUAGACGAGGAUGCCUGAUUGGAGACACCGCGCAAACGUACGUGAUUUUGCUGUCGUCGUUGCAUAGGUGCGUUUAAAUGUUCAAUAUUAUUUCAUCCGUUAUUUUUUCCUAUGAAAACAGUCCUACAGAACUUGUCGUCUUGUGUGUACAUGGACCGGGAGCCGUUUGCGGCGGAAAGCAUUACGACGUUGAACUGUCCCGCUGCAGGACCCCAUUUGCGCGUGCACCACAGAUUUGCUACAGCCAAACCAGGAAAUAAACUGUUCGCUUUCAGGUGUAUUUUAGUUAGUUUUUUUAUUACAGGCUUGUAUUUAAGUGUCAUAGCCUCAGCGUCCCCUAGACUGCAGUUGCCAUAGCAUAUUUACCAUCGUGUAUAAUCUGGAAUUUAUUUCUAAUACAAAUAGGCAGUUGUUUUUGGGAAUCAGAAAAUAACAGACAAUGUUUAAUCCAGAAAAAGUACUAGCCAAUGAUAACUUGGGGCGUUGUUAUUGCUUUUAAUCGUAAAUAAUCGAUGGACUCACAACCUUCACUUAUUAAGCCGAAUAAAAUGCACACGUCAUUAGGCCGAUAUGGUCUAUCCAUAAAGCCUAAGUCUAAAACAUAAAGUUACGCUGGAUAGUAUUUUGACAUUUCAACUAAUGCCAUGUGUUGAGAUACAUUAAAUGGGCUAAUAGUGAGAAUAAAGUCUUAAUGAGUUUUCGGCGGAAUCGACGGGCGUCCAUUCUGGAGAUCACUGACGCAUCAUGGGAACCAAACAGACCAAAGGAGCGGGACAGGAGGCUAGCGCGAGUCCCCUAAACGGCGCGUGGCGGCGGACGCCGACGAAAGAGCGAGGGGAUAUGUUUGCCUCUUUUAUGCUGAGGUCAGGGGAUCGGUUCGGACGCGGUGGGAGCCCUCCUCCCCCCUACCAACGGCGCAUCGGGAUGAUCCAAGAGAUGAUGAUAAUGGCUCAGCAGGGGAAGCAAGACGAGGCCACAGAGAUUCUGAAAACGCUGCGACAGGAUCUGGGAAUGGAGUCCACAUCUCUAGAUGAUGUCCUGUACCGUUAUGCCAGCUUUCGCAACUUGGUGGACCCAAUCACCCAUGAUCUCAUCAUCAGCUUGGCCCGAUGCAUUCACUGCUCCAAGACGGAAGGUGAUUCUCUCGGCGCAGUGGAGAAGGUGUGCCGGCAGCUGACCUAUCACCUGAGCCCCCAUUCCCAGUGGAGACGACAGGGCCUGCUGAAGAGGAAGCCCCAGUCAUGUCUGAAAUCCCUGCUGUUAGCCCCUCCCCCUGGCGGGGCGCUGGACCUUUCGGGAUUACCCCUCACCGUGCGGGACGUGGAGCGGCUGUGUGCCUACCUGCAGCGGCACGCCCCCCAGGUGAGCAGCCUGGAGCUGGGCUUCACCGAGCUGACGGACGUGGCCUUCCUGCUGCUGCUGCCCGCCGUCAGCUCCCUGCCCCGCCUGGAGACGCUGGCGCUGAACGGCAACCGGCUGACCCGCGCCAUCCUGAAGGAGCUCACCGACGCCCUCAAGGACCCCGCCAGCUUCCCCGGCCUCACCUGGAUCGACCUGGGCAACAACGUGGACAUCUUCUGCCUGCCGCAGCCCUUCCUGGUCAGCCUGCGCAAGCGCUCGCCCAAGCAGGGCAACCUGCCCACCAUCCUGGAGUUCGGCGAGAGCCAGGCCAGCGAGCCCGACAGCAGGGCGGAGCCCGACAGCGAGGGCGACGAGGAGCUGAGGACGGACAGCAUGGGCGAACUCCGGUCCGAGAUGGAGGGGGAGAUGGAGGGGGGGAUGGACGGAGACCUGGAGAUAGAGGAGAUGAUGGAGGAGCUGCUGGACUUCGACAAGGAGGCGCAGGGGAAGGGGGACGAGACGGAGGAGGACAGCAUGUGGAUAAUGGAGGAUCGCUCAAAGUGUUUGAAGAAGAAGGGCGUCGCGCCGGGACCGAGAACUGCGGACAGGGCUGCGAAGGCGGAGGGGGAGGAGGACUCCCAUAGCCACUCCUCUCAGGCCUCCAAUUCCAGCCAAUCGGAGCUGUCGCCUGGAGCCACUCAGCCUAUGGGCUCACAUCAGAGGGAUCAGGGACCCGGCCGUACAGACAAUCAAACAUGAAAAUUUAUUCCUGACCUGUCCUGGCUCACCCUCUCUUGAGUAGAAGAAAAGACUGCCAAAGAGAAGAUAUUUUCAACGUUGCUCAAUGCAAUGACUUCCCUCCCUUUGUGAUUAAGAUAUUAAAUUAAUAAUGAUAACGACAAAUUUAGUCAGCUGCUAUAUCCAAUAUAUUUUCAAAAGAUGGAUAACUAGAGGAUUGUGCAUGAGAGGCAUAUUGCUGUUGUCAAUAGUAUUACUUGUAUUUAACACAUAAUAUUGUAACAUUACUUGUUAUCUUUCAGUAUUCCAGUCAUAAAAUCUGUAGAAAACCUUGAAUCUGUUUAGAGCUAUUUCAGAUGGUUCUGAAAUACUUCCGCGUGGCCUUAGUGUCACAUUUGAUGUCUCAUUCCAGUGUUAGGUGAUAAACUACUUCUUCUUUACCAAAGGGGUUAAUGCCUGCGUGCCUGCUACUCCAGUAUCUCACUGGUAAAGAGAAAAAAAAAAAAAAAAAAACAGAUGGGUUGUGCCUCAAAAUGAAAUAGGUUAUCUCAGUUUUAGUGAAAGUCUCUGCCUGUCCAUCUAUGCAGCAGUCAUCAAUGCAUAAAAAAUAUCUUAGAUAUCCACUCUGCAACAUGUUCAGCCCUUUAAAUGAAUUAUUCAGUGCUUGGAUGCAGUGUGUGUGCUUGUGCAGUGGAGGCACUUCUGGCUGAAGUGGCCUGAUAAAUGUACAGGAGUGUGGGAAAGGUGUUUUCCUGUUCCAUGUUUGGAGGGGUGUGCCCUGUGCUUCUCUUGGGCUUGCUGAACUUUGAUUUGAAAACUGGGUGCUAUGGUCACAUUGAGACCCCAAAUGUAGCUUUUUUUUGUCCAUGCACACCACUGGUGGGUUUGACAUUGGAAGAAGGACUUACGCCAAACAGGACAUCAUGCCAACUGUGAAAUAUGGUGGAUCUUUGAUGUCAUGUCCAUCUGCUGGUCCUGGGCUCCUGUUAAGGUCAAUGGAAUCAUGAACUCCAUCAAAAUUAAAGUCAACCAAGAAAUGAUAAACUGACAACAAAAUGACUGUUUUCCUCUGGCCGUCUCCAGAUCACACCAGAGCGAAUAUAUGUGGUUUGAAAUGAAGAGGGUAGCAGGAUCCCCCCAAUAUGAUCACAGGUCUCUUGAGAGCCCACAUAAAAUGGCUCGGUAGUGUUCCACGGGCUGCAUAUAGUAACUGAAAAUAGUUUUUACCUGUUAAAGAAAACCUUUAGUAUGAAAUCAUAUCAUUUUGGAGGGUUCUGUGCGCGUGUGUGCGUGUGUGUGUGUGUGUGUGGGUGUGUGUGGAUACAUACAUUUCCCAUUCCCUAGUCCCUGCUCUCUUCUAUUAUGAAAUACAGUCUAAUGUGUUGUGGAGUGAAAUGGAGCAGGACUGUGGGGUUUUAUUUGAUAUUUUUAUAUUUUGCGUCUUUUUUUUGUUUUUGCACCUCUGCGCUGUAAAUUACAGCAGUUGUUAAUAAAAGCCCAGUGCAUUCA